AUGGUCAACUGCUGGCGAUGCGUCGCGGUCGUCUUCGGCGUCGUCGCCGCCGUCGCUAGCAACGAACUCGCAGACGAAGCAUUCGAAGAAGACCUCUUUGUUAAACCCCUUCCAGAUGGCAAAGUCCUGUCUAAAUUCACGUUCAAGACGCUCCUGAAGGGCGCGACGCCGAGGCGUCCGUCUCAGCCAGAAGACUCAGCCCAACAUUACACGCUGUUCCCUCUUGCCUUGGGCAGGGUCAUUCGCGAAUAUGCCGUCGACGAACUGCACUUAUCACUGAACGCGGGGCACUGGCAAUACGAGCGAUGGGGUAUGCCCGAAGAGCCGAACGUGGGCACCGGUGCAGAGCUAUGGGCCUGGCUAGCAGAGGAGGACCCAACAACACUGGACGCGCGAUGGUCUGGCGUUCGCAACGCCCUAGCUGGCCUAUUCUGCGCAACUCUGGGAACCAUGGACGAAUGGCGGACAACUUCCCCUGCUCUGACGUAUCCCCCGGAAGGCGGCCUUCCUGCUUGGAACGUCACGCAUCAUCUGCGCCACGCUACUCUACCCUCCGAGCACGUCUGCACCGAAAACCUGACGCCAUUCCGGAAGCUCCUCCCUUGCAAAUCUCGCUCUGGAAUUGCUUCAUUGCUCGACCCCCAUCACCUCUUCGACGGCGACUGGCACGGCUUGGGUGUCCACGUCCGAUGGAUACCCGAGGAGGGUAUCGAAGUGCGUCUCACCGCUCAGGUCGUAUCGGACCUCUUUCGUACUUUGAAUACGGACAAGCGAGACUGGUCCUUCCAGACGUUGUUCGGCCGUACGAUAGAGAAGGCUUGCCCUGUCGCCGGUCGUAGCACCGUCAGGGUGACCCUGCCCAUACAUGAGCCCUAUCAGAUCCACCCUGAGCCUACGCUGGUGAAGGACAACCUUGCUAUCUACGAGGUGGCCCAGGGACCUGUCCCCUUGGACGUCGAUAUGAAGUGGCCUAUGCCUCAAAACUGGCGUGCGUCGAACAACGCGUCGCACCCUCUUUCUAUCAGACGGGCACUUAGAGGGUUCAGUCAAGAACGCGGCCAGCUAUCCAUCGUCAUCAAGAACGAGCUCCCAUCGGAAGUGCGCCUGCGUUAUCUGGAGACGCUACCUUGGUUCGUCCAGAUGUACCUUCAUACGAUGCGAAUCGAGUCGAACGGCGUUCUUCAAGACGAUCUCCUAUCCGACAUCUCUUACAUUCCCACCAUCCCACAUUCGCGUCCGACCACUUUUCAGGCUACCCUCGCUCUUCCGGCAUCGAGCACUACGGAGAUAACGUUCGACGUGACGAAGGCAUUUUUGCGAUACACUGAGCACUUGCCCGACGCGCAGCGCGGCUGGGACCUGCCGCCGGCGGUCUUCGUCCCCCUCGACGCCGAUCCGGGUGUUUUGCCACCGACGCGUAUCUACACCCCUAUCCUCCUCGUCGACCUCGCCACGCCCGACUUCAGCAUGCCCUACAACGUGAUCAUCCUCAGCUGCUCCCUCAUCGCCUUCCUCUUCGGCAGCACCUUCAACCUCUUGACGCGCAAGUUCGUCGUCAUCCGCUUGGACCAGGCUCGUCGAUAA